AUGCAUUCGUGGUCUACCCUCACCGCGGCCUUUGCGCUGCUGGCCAAUGGAGUUGCCGCUCAGAACAUGUUGCGGUUCGCCUGCUCCCAGCUCGUUGUCGACCGUGUCGAUCCUCUCGUCAACCCCGGCGUCCGCUACACUCCCCAUCUUCACCAGAUCGUUGGUGGUAACUCCUUCAACCUGACUAUGGAGCCAGUCGAGUAUGACUUGGUCAAGAGAUCGACCUGCACAUCCUGCUCGUUCCCCCAGGAUCUGUCCAACUACUGGACGGCCGUCAUGUUUUUCAAGCACAAGAACGGAUCGUAUCACCGCGUUCCCCAAGUCGGCAACGGCGGUCCCCAGGGUCAGCUCAUCAACAAGGGUGGUCUCGACAUCUACUACAUUCCCAGCGGCAAGACCACCGCCUUCAGACCUGGCUUCCGCAUGCUUGCCGGUAACGCGGCCAACACCGAGGACAGCAAGGUUUCCAAGGCCAACAUCUGCCAUCGCUGCUGGACAUCGACCAACGAGGGCAACUUCAUCGGCGGUGCUCCCUGCACUGGCUCUGAUACCGUCGGCAUCCCUCAGGAGCCGCGCUGCAAGAUGAUCCGCCAGACCAUCAUCUUCCCCCACUGCUGGGACGGCAAGAACCUUGACACCCCCGACCACAAGUCCCACGUCGCCUACGGCCAGGGCUCUGGUGCCACUGGCGGCGGCGCCUGCCCAUCCAGCCACCCCGUCAAGCUUCCUCAGCUCAUGUACGAGCUGAUGUGGAACGUGACCAACUUCAGUGAUAAGAACAUGUGGCCCACCUCGGGCCCUGCCUUUGUCUACAGCAUGAACCUCGGCGGAUCUGCCGCUCACGGUGACUACGUCUUCGGCUGGGAAGGCGACACUCUUCAGCGUGCCAUGGACAAGGGCUGCAACCUCAACCGUGCUUGCCCUGCUGCUGGUCUUACUUACCAGCCUCCCGAGGUUUACAACGCUUGCAACAUCAAGCAGCAGGCUCCCGAGCCCGUCGACGGCUGUAAGUUUUCAUCCCCACCCCCUUCACAAACGUCUGAGAGAGAUGAAUGCUAA